CGGGGCUCUGAGCGGCAUCGGAGGGAAUAGGAGAAGAGUUACCCAGUGUGUCAUCCAUGGAUUGGGUAAAUGUCACACACAUUACGCACGGUCUUGUAAUGCUUAAAGGAGAUGACAGUUUCUCUUCGACAAUAGACAAACCUUUGUGUGAACAAAGUGGCCACGAGCUCUCCAUCUUCUAGCCGUCUUUCUAAUUUUCUCGUACACUUUGUGCUCGAGUUGUUUGCGUUUUUUUAGGCAAAUGUUCAUUGACAACGAUGAACCACUCUCCAUUACCCAAAUGGAAGAAAGCUGGCUUUAGAAAGUUCACAAGCCGCUCAGGAAUUAGCAGAAUUAUGUUAUUCUCAACAAUGAAGGAUGAAGCUCCACAUCUUGGGCUGAGCAGAGAAUGAAAAGAUAUCCCCAAUUUUUAUGCGAGACUUUGGAAGAUUGCGGGUACCCCAACACAGGCCGGCCAUUACAGUAUUGUCAACUUCGUCAUCUUCAAGUUGGGAUUUGGGGAGAUGACAAAGUGCAACUUUGUAAUCAAGAAAGACCGAGGCCGGCACAAUUCUCCCACUAUUCUAUAUUCCACAUGGACUCAAGUCCAUAAUUUAGUUAAAAUGGUAUGACCUUCAUUUGCACAGCUCAAAGCAUUGCACGUUGUUAUCUUUCUUUUUCAGUCGCCGUCUUUUCUUUUGUACUUACUUAAAAACCGAAUAGCCGGGACUCGUGGAACAGCCGCUAAAUAGGUUUUCUGUGGAAAAAGAUAGACUCCAAGAGGAGCGAGCAGCGAUGGAAGUGCCGAGAAGAGAAGCUGUUUUUCAUCACUUGAGCCAUGACCAUCCACUGGGACUCACAAACUCGCCUCCUCCACAAAAUGCUCGGUGUUUCGGAUGCAAACUAUGUCUUCUCCCAGGAACGGACUACUACCACUGCAAGAGCUGCCCUUUUUUCCUGCACCGGCUCUGCUUCAACAUGCCUAGGAAGCUGCGACUUCCCGCCCAUCCGGAUCACUGCUUGACCCUUCUUGCAACGUCCUCAUCCUCCCAAGGCAACUCCACUUGCAAGGCCUGCGAACAGCUGGUUGACGGUUCUUUUUGCUACAGCUGCGCCUCGUGUAGCGUUUCUUAUCACGCGUUAUGCUCGGCCCUGCCUCCUUCAAUUGCAAUCACUUCUCAUCCUCAUGUGCUCAAGUUGGUAUUCUCACUCCCAUAUGAAUUCAGGUGUGAUCUGUGCAAUAAACCCAGCUACAGAGGGUGGGUAUACAGAUGCAGACUCUGCGAGUUCGAUAUUCACCUCAACUGUGCUAUAUCUUGCCAUCGAGCAGACCUAAAUAGGGAAGAAGAUGCGAACAAAGAAAUAAUGCAACUACUAGCUCAAAAAAUUACCAGGAGUGAAGUGGCAAAAUGGGUCGAGACACCUAGCUCUCUAAGAGAGAACAUCAACAUCAGGAGUGGCUGGACGGAAAGCCUAGAUUUGAGUAGAGGAAAACUUGACACAGUUUCAACUCCGCCGACUGCAGAACAGACUCGUCCAGAGUAUCAAUCACCUCUGCUUUCUGAAGGCCACGCGACUCCAAGUUAUCAGUUCAGCGAUGCGUACUUCUCGAUCGAUUUGGCAAAGUCUUACUCGAGCUAUCUCGAGAAAAAUCAGCCGGGAAAGGGAGCUGCUGAUCAAGAUGCUACAUAUGUUUCUGGAGCAAAAGAGAAGAUGAAUUCCGGUGGUAACACGGUGCCGGGCAAGAAUGUGGGAGUGUCCAAUCAAGAAAAGCAGCAAUUGAAUCAUUGGAACAUAGUUGGACACGGCUUGGCGUCACAUCAUAAGGUGCCAGAUGCUAGGACGAACCAAGCAUUUGUAACACGGGAUGGGGCAUAUCCCGUGCAGCACUUCAGACUUCAAAUGGAAAACAGAUAUGUCGAUGGAUCCAUCAGCAAAUCACAGAGUGACGAUAAGAGCGCCGGCUCAGCUGCAGGAAGGUGUCCAAAUUGGAGGAAACUAUUUUUCUGGUGCUGUCAUUCUGGCUAAAAAAAAAAGAAAAAAAGUUGGACAAGGCGACUCGGGAAGUUCCAUAAAAGAGUUCUGCGAUGUAUUUAACGAAAGUUUUGCGAAUUCGGGAUUUUAACUUGCUUUCUAAGCUGCAUAACUGGCAAGAAUGGGUGAGGCUGGCCAACUCAAGCAUGAUAUGGCCGAAAGCAUGUACACAGUACAUAUAGCAGCUGGCAUAUGCUCAUAACAGCUGAUUUUUAAGUUUGCAAGUUCAUGUAUUCUGAUGGAUCCAUAAUUUCCUAGAUGCAUUCUGCUA